UGUUGCAUUGUGUUGGCUAUGAAAAGAGAAGCGAUCUUCACAGCCUCUUCACGAUCUUCACAGCCUCUUUUUGAAGAUUUUUUAUGACAUAAAGAACAUUUCUAUGGCAGCCCUUGAAAUCUGAUGUUAUUGGAUGCUUGACGAUUCAUUUAUAAAGAGAAAAGAUGGGAUGUAACUGCAGCUCAGACUAUUCAGACAGUGACUGGAUCGAGAACUUGGAUGAAAUCUGUGAUCACUGCAACUGUCCCAUACCUCCCCAGUCAUGCAAUCCAUACACUGACCAGCUGAUCCCAUCACAAUAUUCACCUCCCAUGUCUCCUUUACCAGACAACCUUGUGGUGGCCAUAUACAGUUAUGAACCCAAACACGAUGGUGACCUGGGCUUUGAGAAAGGCGACAAACUCAAGAUCAUCAACAAGGACGAUCCAGAGUGGUAUUUGGCAGAGUCUCUCACCACAGGCCAGCAGGGCUACAUCCCAUACAACUUUGUUGCAAUGACCACAGUGGAGACUGAAGCGUGGUUCUUUAAGAACAUUUCUAGAAACGAAGCCAUGAGGCUCCUCCUCGCUCCUGGGAAUACGCAGGGCUCCUACCUGAUUAGAGAGAGUGAGACAACCCCAGGGUCAUACUCCUUAUCAAUCAGGGUCUUGGACCACAACACUGGCGAAGGAGUCAAGCACUACAGAAUCCGCAACAUGGACAGUGGUGGCUUCUACAUCACAGCCAAGAUCUCCUUCAACUCCCUGAAGGAGCUUGUGCAGCAUCACUCACGGGAUGAAGAUGGCUUGUGCACAAAGCUGUUGAAGCCAUGUCAGUCGAGGGCACCGCAGAAGCCCUGGUGGCAGGAUGAGUGGGAGAUUCCUCGCGAGUCUCUGAAGCUGGAGCGCAGACUUGGAGCAGGACAGUUUGGAGAAGUCUGGAUGGGUGUCUACAAUAAUGACAGAAGGGUGGCGAUUAAGAAUAUGAAGAUGGGCACAAUGUCAGUGGAAGCGUUCCUGGCAGAGGCCAACAUGAUGAAGAACUUGCAGCAUGCACGCCUUGUGCGCCUCUUUGCUGUUGUUACCCAGGAGCCAAUCUAUAUUGUCACAGAGUACAUGGAAAAUGGAAGCCUAUUGGAUUACCUAAAAACAAAUGAGGGAAGCAGCUUGCCUAUGAACACUCUGAUAGACAUGGCAUCUCAGGUGGCUGAUGGAAUGGCCUAUAUUGAGCAGAAAAAUUAUAUUCAUCGAGACCUGAGAGCAGCCAACAUCCUGGUGUCUCAUGAACUCAUCUGUAAGAUUGCUGACUUUGGACUGGCAAGGCUGAUUGAGGACAAUGAAUACACAGCAAGAGAGGGUGCAAAAUUCCCCAUCAAAUGGACUGCUCCAGAGGCCAUUAACUUCGGCACCUUUUCUAUAAAAUCCGAUGUGUGGUCAUUUGGGAUCCUCCUGACAGAAAUUGUGACAUAUGGACGCAUACCUUACCCUGGUAUGUCCAACCCAGAGGUAAUCCAGAACCUGGAGAGGGGCUACAGAAUGCCAAAGCCAGAAAAUAGUUCGGAGGGGCUUUACAACAUCAUGUGUCUGUGCUGGAGGGAAACUCCAGAAGACAGGCCCACCUUUGAGUACCUGAGGAGUGUUCUGGACGAUUUCUUCACUGCCACAGAGAGGCAGUACCAGGAAUAGCCAUAACAAUGCAGACAGACUUACAGACAUGCAAUAAAUACAUUCAAGUUAAAGGCACAGCCUUUGAAGGUGGGUCGUGGAUUUGUUUUUGUUUUUUUUGUUGGACAUAAGCCUUCAUGUUGACAAGAUUCAAGCUGAGAUCUUCAAAGUAAGAGUACUUUUUUUGCGUGAGUCUUUUUUUGAAGUGGCCUUAUUGAACUUAUUCAGUCUUGUGUGGAGCUGUGGAGCUGUGGAGCUGAAACUCUUGCCCAGCUGGAUCACAGCAGAGCCACAGCAGACAGAAGAGCUAUAAUGCUGCUUGGAGAACAAGGGAACUUUAUGAUGUAUUUGAACAAACUCAUUCCUAAUAUGUUUAAACUGUCAAACUGCUGUAUUUUUUUAUGGUUUUUUUUUACCUCUGCUGUUAAAUACAAUGUUACCCACUUCAUUUACUUCCAAUAAAAAAUGUUAUAAUAGUUUUUGUAUUAAACGAAAUAGAACCCA